AUGUCAAGUUUAAAGCCGGAUAAUGGUGGGAACGAUGCAGAUUGUUCUACUGGCGAAUCUAAGCUGAAGUUCAAUUUCCAUCUAUUUGAAAGAUGUUCUGGUGGUGUUCUGAAUUUGAGAUUUGACUCUUCGGUCCUCGAAAGCUAUUAUACUCUUUGCUCGUUCCCACACUCACUUUCGCGUUUCAGAAUAGCAGUUUCCUACUUCGCUCUUGUUUGUGCUGCUUGGUUGAUAUUCUUUGCAACUGCUGGAACGGAGCAAUGGAUGAUAUACGUUGCUGGAGCUGCCGCGGGUCUUGUCGUCGCGAUUGUCCUUUUUGGUCUAACAUGUUCGAGAGUAAUCUUUGAAAAGAACUUCCUUGUUUUAUAUAUCAUUCUGGCCCUUUUUUUCAGUCUGCUUUUCCUUCUCGCCUUUGUCCCCCCAACUGUUGGUGUUUCUUCAGCCUUUAACGCCAGCUUAAUUGUCCAGCUGCUCUUAGUUAUCUAUAUAAAUAUUCCUCUCAGAUUAUGGCAAGUUAUUCUUAUCUGCGGUCCUGUUAGUAUUAUCCACGUCAUCUUAUCAUGCACUGUCUGUGGAAGAAUAAAUGCAAGACUAAUUUGCAUAUACAUCCUUUUACACCUCUGUACACAUAUGAUUGGAUUUGCACAACAUAUCUUAUCUCAAGUGCGUCGUCGGUCAACCUUUAUGCGCCUCGGUCACAGUGCUUUGAUGCGCAAGGCUUUGGAGAAGGAGCAGCAGACUCAGAACGAAAUGAUUCUUUCCCUUAUGCCCCAGAAGGUUGCUAAUGAGGUGAUGCAAGGCUCCUAUAACAGUGAAGAUGAUGGCGAGGUAAACGAAGACGACGGGAGUAACGACCCGAAAUCGAAUGGUAUUUGGAGGGACAAAAAGUCUACCAAAAUGAAAAAGCUUGUAAAAAAUGGAGGUGCCCUAACAGAAAGUAUUAGUUUCUCUGACGAUAACUACAGUGCUAAUGAAGCUUAUCCCUUAAAAGGAUCGGAAGAGGUCAUUAACACGUUCAUUCUACCAUCACCCUCGAAUCUAAUAAUGUGCCUGAUCGGCGAUAGCAUGUACGAGGCCUUCCUGUUGGUUGACAAAUUCGCCCACUUGAUUGGUCGUGGGCAGCAUAGGCCUUAUGGCUCGGAUGUAAAGAUGGCUUCUCCUUCCACAGCACCGUCACAGCCUUUACCUGUUGCCGGGCACGCCGUCAAGUUCCGCAAGUUUCACGUCAGCCAGAUGGAGAACGUGAGCAUACUCUUUGCCGAUAUUGUUGGAUUCACCAAUAUGAGUUCAAAUAAAUCAGCUUCACAACUUUUGUGUCUUCUCAACGAUCUCUUUGGACGAUUUGAUAGCCUCUGUGAGUUGAACAGAUGUGAAAAAAUUGCGACUUUGGGCGAUUGUUACUACUGCGUGUCGGGGUGUCCCAACGCGGUGUCGGACCAUGCCGAGAGGAUUGUUGAAAUGGGUCGUUCAAUGUGCGUGGCCAUUCAGCAGUUCGACGACGACCAUGAUGAGCAGGUCAAUAUGCGUGUUGGUGUUCAUACCGGUAAGGUUAUUUGUGGUUUGGUCGGCACACGUCGCUUUAAAUUUGACGUCUGGUCAAACGAUGUCACACUGGCCAAUCAAAUGGAGUCUUCUGGUAAAGCUGGUGAGGUUCACAUCUCAGAAACUACAUUGCACUUUGUCAAGGACAUCUACGAGGUAUCCGAAGGAGAACCUGUUCCGGAUAUUCGCAAGGUAAAAGUACUGAUUGAGUACUAUAACAAAGAAGAUCAACGUUAUGCCAUUAAACAUACUCAAGAUCAAACUCUUAUCAAAACCUACUUCAUUAAGAGGCGUUUUGAUGACAAACCGGUGGUCACAUUGGAUAAGACCAAACAAUCUGGAAAUAUCAAUGUAUCACACGUUGUUCAGGACCAACCUAGUUCGUCAUUUGAACAAAUCAUUUCACCAAACAUAGGGUCAAAUGAGUUGACACUGACGACGUCUCCUGGGUCGAUUGAACCAGAGGUCAGGGCCCGUGGUUCCGAUGUGGAGAUGCUUGAUGCUUUGUGGAACCUCUCCAAACCAGAAGAGGUUUUCAAAUUCCCCCCCAUCUCCCCCUUUUCACUUUGCUUUCUAUCGCGGUCACUUGAACAGAUCUAUCGCCGGCAGGUCCUCCGUGUUCCCCGGAAGUCUGUCCUUGUGACCCUCGCCACGCCCCGCCUUACCCCCGUCACUAACGGUCUUGUUCACUUCAUAUUCUUCAUUUUGGUCUCCUUGGCAUGCUUCUAUAAUUUCCCAAAUCUAAUUAAUGGAGAACUGGUGCUUGCACUACCCUACGUUGUGUUUGGAUUUGGACUCUGCAUCAACGGUCUCUUCCUAUCUGUGAUUUUUUCCGACAUGCUUGCAUGGAACGGUUUCUGUCCAUCCGGAACACACAUUCUUCAGCGUUUUUACAGCAUCUUAUUUGACUGGUACGUUCGUAACAUUUUUGGAGCUCUCAUGCUUUGCAGCCCAGCGGCAUUUGUUUUAGCCAACUUCCAACUCUGCAUGUUUUGGAACAGUAGAACUUUGAAUGUAAGCGCAGCAGCUGAAUUUUCGAUUGGCGAAUACCGAAUGGUUCAUGGGAUUCUGUUCACCUUCAUGCUUUUUAAUUUAACCCUUUUCCCUAACUUCUCGUCAUGGACGAAGUCUCUCUCAGCAACAAUAAUCUGCUUGACUUCAUGCUUGUUAAUGCACUGGCCAUUCCAGGGAUUUUCCUACUCAUGUCCUAGCCAAGUGGUCGGUUUUUCGGCGAUAACCUCGGCAAUUGACACAAAUUCUCCUCCAGUCUGGUUAGCUGCUGCCGAAAGCACUCUGUUUCCUUGGGAAAUGACUGUAAUACUUUCCCUGAAUCUCAUAUUGAUAUUUUUCCUUAACCGGGAUAUAGACAUCAGCUUUCGCGUCAGUUUCAAUCGUGACUUUGAGGCUAGCCGUGCGAAGAAGGCCAUCUCUCGUGAAAAGAUGCAAGGUGAAUGGCUUCUAGAGAACAUUAUUCCGCGUUUCGUGCUGACCGACUUAAGGAAAACCAACAAGUACUCUCAACACGUUAAGGACGCCGCCGUGAUGUUUGCCUCAAUAGCCAACUUCUCUGAAUUUUAUGAUGAGCAAUACCAGGGCGGACAGGAGAUGUUGCGUGUGCUGAAUGAAAUUUUCGCUGACUUCGAACACCUCCUCUCAUCGAGUAGGUUCAAGGACGUGGAAAAGAUAAAGACAAUUGCUGAGUGUUUCAUGGCAGCUUCCGGAUUGAAUUUGGUUCAACGUGCACAGAAUAAGUCACCAGAUGCCCAUCUCUAUGCUUUGAUGGAUUUCGCAACCGAACUUUUGAAGACUCUGGAGGACUUCAAUCGUCAGAUGUUCAACUUCCAGUUUGAGUUAAAGAUAGGCUACAACGUUGGUGAGGUCACUGCCGGCGUUAUUGGCACAACUAAACUAUUGUAUGACAUUUGGGGGGACACCGUGAAUGUGGCUAGUCGGAUGUACUCCACCGGACAAAAAGCAAGGAUCCAGGUAACUGAGGAUGUGGCUCAGCGACUCUCCUCCCAGUAUGAUUUUGAGUACAGAGGAAACGUUUUCGUUAAGGGCAAGGGCGAGAUGAGGACUCACUUGCUCAUUGGCCGGAAGGCGGACGCCGAACCCUAUUAA